AUGGCCGACGACUCGUCACGCCCACCGAAGCGCACGCGUCAAGCUUGCGAAGGCUGCAGGCGCAAAAAGACACGAUGUCCCGGAGAACAGCCUGCGUGUUCACUCUGUGUACGCCUUGGUCAAGUCUGUUCCUACAACGAGGGCACCAGUCACGGCAUCAAAAUUCAGGAUUCCGACCAGAGCGUUAGCGAGCGUCUCCGAAGCCUUGAGAGCAAAAUGGACCUGAUGCUGAAUGCAAACUUGUUCCAGCCAUCACCGCAGAGUUCAAGUUCUUACCCACCAGCAGAAGUGCUAAAUGAUUUGUUAAUCCGGUAUGAGGAGCGCUGUAACUACCAACCUCUACCACUAUUUGGCCCCGGCUUUGCCUCCGAAUUCUUCCGCACCUUCGAGUCCCGUGAUGAUGAACUUGUUACUGCACUUCUGGCCAUUGCAUUUCGCAUCUUUCACGGCCGCGAAGACGCCGUUGGUGCUGACGUGUCUGACAAUUAUGCCGCAAGAGCCAAUGACUUGGUCACUAGGAGGUUAAGCACCGGUGGUGUAAAUCUGGCAACCAUCCAGGCCUUGUGUUUACUUUCUUUUUGGGAGUUCACUGCCGGCCAGAAAGAGCGCUCGUGGCUUCACUUGAAUCUUACCCUCAGCCUUGCCCAAGAGUCCAGACUCGUUGAAGAGCCAAAUUGGACCGUCGACCCGGCCGAGCUCGAAGAACGCCGACGGUGUGCUUGGUCAUUAUAUGUUCUUAGUCGUACAUUCGGCCUUGAACCGCCGCUUUCUAUUUUUACCUGCCGCUUUCCCGGGGCCAUUUACGCUUCACAUGACAAUACGCCGCAGACGCCAACCCAGGACACGGAGAUUAUAUUAGCAAACAGCAUCAAGCUAUACGAAAUCUGGGGCAGAGUGCAGCAUUUCGCCGCGCAGUCCAGUACCGAAGCUGGUAAGAGCCUGUGGACAGGAGACUCCGAGUACGGUUCCAUAGUCUCCGCCCUGAUGGAGUACGAGUCCCAGUUCCCAGAUGAACAUCGCUUUUCCGAGCAGACCGCCGGCAGAUUCAAAAACAACCCGGCAUACUGGGCUCCCUGGUUCUCUAUUCAAUUCAUGUACCACGCCAUACUCUGCGUGUUGAACCACCCUUUCCUCUUAUCCGUACGGUUGGAUCCCAUAAAAGACAGCACCCCCAGAACCUUCCGGCAAAGUACAUCAGACCAGGCAAAGCUGCACUCCUACUGGGCGUUCCGCUUCAGCACGGUCGCAAGGGAAUUCGACUAUACUAUUACAGAUCCUUUUAUCGCAUACGCUAUCACGGUGGCAGCAACAAUCUUCGAUCAUUACCGACUAUGCGGGGAGACGCAGGCCAGGAGGGAUGCGCGUGACAACUGCGAAUAUGGCGCAACUGUUGCAAAGCCUCGAGAGGACCACUACUGCCCAACUCCAAACUGA